AUGCCAGACUGCAGUGCCUCUAGUGCCCCUAUUGCCCGCAGUGCCUCUGCCCCUCUAGUGCCUCCAUGCCUCCAGUGCCUCUGUCCCCCUAGUGCCUCCAGUGCCUCUGUCCCCCUAGUGCCUCCAUGCCCCCAGUGCCUCAGUCCCCCUAGUGCCUCCAGUGCCUCAGUCCCCCUAGUGCCCCCAGUGCCUCAGUCCCCCAUCCCUCCAGUCCCUGCCCCCCUGGCCCAGUGCCUCAUUUUCCCCCUGGGCCUCCAGUGUUUUGGGCCCCCUGUGCCCCCAUCCCUUGCCCCCCUAGUGCCCCCAGUCCCCAUUUCCCCAGUGCCCCAGUGCCUCUGCCCCCCUAGUGCCCCCAGUCCCUCGUCCCCUAGUCCCCUCCAGUGCCUCAGCCCCCUAGGCCCCCAGGCCUCAGUCCCCUAG